CGCCCCUCCACGCUACUUCUUUCUGAUCUUAAGAUGAACGCGACAGCUACAAAGGAUAACGCCAACCCCACUGUCUACCGCCCUGCUGCCGCGGCGGCUGGUUCAGGUUCAACCUCGUCAUCUCAGGACUGGUGGCGAGACGACGCUGUGCAUGUGGCGGACAGCAAGGCGCCCUUCUACCGUAGUGGAGAUCCGGCAACCUCUGUGGCCAUCAAUGGCAUGGAGAUCGAUGGCCAAGACGCUGAGCUGCGAGAGGAGAUUGACGCGGACGAGGUCUUCGACCUCAUCCGAUCAGUCACCGAUCCGGAGCAUCCCUUGACUCUCGAAGAGCUCGCGGUAGUGAACGCAGCGCACAUCACCGUCACGAGGCCAGGGGACCACCCGGGGGCGCCCAAGUACCCUUGCGUACGACUCGAGUUCACGCCCACAAUCCCGCAUUGCAGUAUGGCUACAUUGAUCGGCCUCUCCCUUCGCGUCCGCCUCCUACACGCUCUCCCUCCUGCCUACAAAGUGGACAUUCUCAUCCGCCCCGGUACCCAUCAAUCAGAGAUGGCCAUCAACAAGCAACUGAAUGACAAGGAGCGUGUGGCUGCUGCACUGGAGAAUGAGCAUCUCUUCGGCGUAGUCAAGGGUUGCUUGGAGAGCGCGUCGAGGAGGGGCGCGACGGAGGACGAGUGGGCCAGGAAGGCGGAUGAGCUGGCCAAGGAGAUGGGCAUUGCUGUCUGAAUGUACCUGGUGAUGGGCUAGCUUUGUAUUUGUAUCACUGUCGUCUCACUAUAGAUCCUUCCAACGCUGUUACCAGCUUGGCAUCAGCGAGCAUCGCGACUGAGCUCGCCUGACUGACUCGCCGCUUUUUCGACGACGGACAGACGG